AUGGAAUAUAUAAUAUAGAGAGCGACUAAAACAAUGGCUAAUGUUGAUUCUGUUCAGUUGAAGUUUGCGUCGAUUGCUGAUCAGUCAUGGAGCUUAGAAGCGGUGUUUAUUUAAUUAUUGUGAUUUUCAUACAGAGAUCGCUUGCGAUUUGUAUACCUCCACAUCAUUGCAUAGAAGAUAUGGAAUUAAGCGAAGCUAAGGAACGUUACACAUACGUGCUAUCGAAAUACGCAGAGUUGGAAAUGAAAAUUACCGGAGAGCCCCUAGGCUUGCAUGGCAAACUCGUCACGCAUGGCGACAUCGAGGAGCAGCACAUUGUGUUCCAACUGAUGGACAAUACACCGCACGACGUCAUCCAGAGCUGCGUGUUUGUGGUGACCAAGAAACCGGGCGAAUGUGAGUCCAUUGUCACAGUGUGUAACACAUUCCUGGGACGCACACCGCGACCGCUGCUGGAACGCAAGCCACUCAUGGUAUGUGAGGAUGGCGUGCGCGAGGCGGAAGUGGAAGUCGAACCGGAAGCCGAGGACACUGAGAACGCCAAUGAGGGCGGAGAGGAAACGGCCGCGGCCGCAGCGCCGGAUGUCGAUGUGACCAACGCCAGUGAGCUCAUCUAAGUAUGUUAAGUCUACUGCUACUCAAUAAAGACAAAUUGUAAUGUUCUGUGUUAUGGUUGAAGCAUAUGCAAGAAAUUCUUU